AUGGGCCGCGAAGACUACUCCCGGAUAACACUCUGGUUGGCUGACCUUGAAUCGCUCGCUGAACGAGGGAUCAAUACUCUGGUUGGUGCCCGAGGAGUGAUCGCGCCGUCCGCAAUCCUCUCUACGUCGUUCAUCUUACACUGGGCGCUCGAAGUCCGCGGGAGCUGCUACGAAGUCACCAAGAUCGACUAUAGCCGCGUAGGCAGGGUCAAGGACAAGGCCACAUUCGAAGCACCUCCCUUGCGUGAGUGGUGGAGUGCUCGAGAGCAUUUUGGCCUGCGAUAUGUCGGUCGCACUGUCGGCGCUACAGAGUUGAACAAUCAUCAGAUCCUAGCUCGUGCGAGGAAGUUAUGGGGUAAUGGAGGGUUCUUUCGCAAGGAGUGGAAGCUAUUCCGGAACUGCCAGAACUUCGCGCACAUGCUCUUCGAGGAGAUCUGUGCCGAACCAGAUGAGUUCAACCUCCGCGCCAUGAGGUUGUCGGAAUGGCAGAGGAUGCCAAAUCCGGCGAGCAAUAUCAAAGGCGCCGCAGUGGAGACAGGACUUGCGACAAUGACACUGGCUCCAAUCGUAGCUGCCAUCCACGCGGCUGAUGCGAGAGGAAUGAGGACUCGCGAUUUCUUGCGGCAGCAUCCAAAGUCGACAGUGGCCGGCGUAGCUGUGACAGGUCUCGCAGCUGUGGCCAUGCUCCUGUACCAGAGGGCGCCGGAGAGGUACCAGCAGCGGCAGCUAAUGUACAACGACAUUGUGGAACGGGCUGUGAAGUACGCCCCGUUGGCGAGUCCGGCGCUCUUUGAAACUCUUCGAGCGAAACCGGCGGCCUACAAGGGCUAUAACAUGGACAACAUCAACAUCUAUGCCGAGCGUGGGUACCCCGUUCGCGAAGUCGUUGCAGCCUUCGAGUGGCUUCGGAUCGCCCCACAGGGCGCGAGGCGACUCCGCUUCACCAGGGAGGUCGACCUUGCUAUCUCCAUGGUCCUUUACGAGCGUUGGAGAUUCCGGGACGAAAGCGACACCAUGGGACGCGGCAACCCUCUGGACUGGGACUACGACUAUUCAAGUCAAUCGCAGGAAGAGGAAGACGACUACAGUUCAGAGGGCAACGAUGCAGCCAGCGAUGGCGGUGGAGACGCGGGGACGGCGAGUGAGAGUGAAGACGACUAUUACGAAGAGGAGGGGGACGACUACUGA